AUGAGUCUUCGAGGGUCGUCGAGCCCGUCGCAGCAGCAGCAGCAGCAACUGCAGCAGCAGCAACAACAACCGCUUUUGCUGCAGUCAACUUUCUCCCGCAGACACAGAGCUCGCCGCCGGGUGCAGCAACAACAGCAGCAACAGCCGCAGCAGCAGCAGCAAGCCGCCGUGGGCGGAACGGCGGCACACAGCAGCAGCAGCAGCAGCAGCAGUAGCAGCAGCAGCAGGCAUUCAGCAUCCCGCAGCUCCCCAGCAGGUCCAAGGAUGAGCCGCGAGGUCCCAGCAGCAGCAGGUGCACCACCAGCAGCAGCAACACGAGCUGCUGCAGCACCUACGACAGGGAGAGCAGCAACAGGUGCAGCAAAUACAGCAAAUAGAGUACUUAUAAGGAGACAGCCAGCUAGCCGCAUCCCUCAUUCAUCAAUUGCUGCUGCUGCUGCUGCUGACAGCCUUCAGCAGCGGCAGCAGACGUUGGGGGGACCGCAGCAGCGGGAGGAGGAGGCGGAGCUGCUGCAGCAGCAACUGCAGCAGCAGCUGCAGGAGCAGCAGGUGCAUGCAUAUUCUAUGCCAUCUGCCUUGCUGCGCAGCUCUGCAGCAGGAACAGGAGCAUUAAGUGCAACAGCAGUUGCAUCAAGAGCAAUGCUUACAGAGCCUGCAUUAAGUAGCCGAUUAAGACAGCAAGCGCAACGUCUGUCUGUUAGCAGCAGCAGCGGAUCAGGUUCUGCUGCUGCUGCUGCUGCAUCCUUGCGUAAUGGAGUGUCUCCUUUGCUGCUGUCAUCCGAUUCGGGUUUAGGUGCAUUAUUCUUGCUGCUGCGUGGUGGCAGCAGCAGCAACAGCAGCAACAGCAGCGCAGCACCAACAACUCCCGAUAGACCUGAGCUGCAGCAGCAAACCCUUCAGCUAUUAAAUAGUUGUUGCAUGCGCAAGCUGCGUCUUGUCCCCCGCAACAGCGGCACCACCACGAACAGCAGCAGCAGCAGCAGCAGCAGCAGUAGUAGAAAAUCCAACAGCAGCAGCAGCAGCAGCAGCAGCAGCAGCAGCAGCAGCAGCAGCAGCAGCAGCAGCAGCAGCAGCAGCAAAUAUGAUGUAUAUGGGGAAUCAUUUUAUACAGAAUUUGAUUUCCGCUGCAGCAUUUGUUUAGAUUUAUUAUUUUAUCCUGUAUUUACUCCUUGUCUUCAUGUAUUCUGUGGAGAUUGUCUCCUUGCUGUACUAGCUAAGGCUAGCUUCUGUCCUCUUUGUAGAAGGGUAUUAUAUAUGAAGAACGUGAAGCCCUUAGAGGAAGCAGAGAACGAGGCCCUUGUUGAUUUGCUGCUGCAUUACUUGCUGCUGCCUGUUUAUUGCAGCGCAUGCGGAUGGGUUGGCCCUGUCUCUGCAUGGAGCAGCAGCCACACGAAGCAGCGCUGCAAGCAGCAGCAGCGGGAGAGGAGGAACCGUCCUUUAGACAACGACAGCAGCAGCAGCAGCAGCAGCAAACCAACUACAGCCGAUUGCGGCACCUGCGACAGCAGCAGCAGCAGCAGCAGCAUCAGUGCCAGCAGGAGAACCGAUGAUGAUCUGUUCGCCAGCACCCGCGACAGCAGCAGCAACAGCAAUAGCAGCAGCAGUAGCAGCAGCAGUAGCAGCAGCAGUAGCAGCAGCAGCAGCAGCAGCAGCAGCAGCAGAGCCUUUGUACGCCCACCUAUUCAGGCACAAAGCGAAGUUGCUGCUAUUCAGAGCACAACUGAAUUAGCUACAGACACUGCAGCGGCAGCAGCAGAUGCUGCAGCAGCAGCAGCAGAAGUUGCAGAAGCAGCAGCAGAUGCAGCAGCAGCAGCAGAUGCCGUCGCAGCAGCAGCAGGUGUCGCAGCAGCAGCAGCAGAUGCAGCAGCAGCAGAUGCAGGUGGGCAUUCGGCAGAGUUUGGAGGGAUGGAGGAUGUUGAGGAAUUGCCAUUGGAGACAGGGGCAGACAAUAGCGACCAGCAGCAGCAGCAGGAGCAGCAGGAACAGCAGCAGGAGCAGCAGGAACAGCAGCAGGAGGAGGAGCAGCAGGAGCCGUUGCUGUUAAGACAGAUUGGUGUGGACAGCAGCAGCAGCAGCAGCAGCUCAACUGUUUCGCCUCCUCCUGCAUGCGCUGCUCAAGGGAUGCAAGAGUUGCUGCAGUGGUUGAUGCAGCGUGCCCGCAUCAACAGCAGCAGCAGCAGCAGCAGCAGAAGCAGCAGCGAGCAGCAGCUUGGUACCUGCCUAAGGAUUUGUGUUAUAGGCCAUAGGAUGGAGAAUCCAUUAGGUGCAGCAGGAGCUUAUCUAUUGAGCAGCAGCACAUUCCUGCAUCAGCAGAUAAUACUAGAGUUUAAAACAGCAGCAGCAGCAGCAGCAGCAGAAGACAGCAGCAGCAGCAGCAGCAGCAGCAGCAGCAGCAGAGUUACAGGAUACCUAUCUAUUGACUUUUUUGGUGAUGUUCCUAAGGGAAGAUUUCUUUGGGGAUUUUCUUUUUCUUUUCCUCCCCUUAAGCCCUCUGCAUGCGAAAUUGCUGUCUAUGAGAGCAGCAGCAGCAGCAGCAGCAGCGGGGGCAGCAGCAGCAGCAGGUGGAGAGCAACAGGAGCAGCAAAUAUCAUUGCCACACCGGCCGAGUACGAUAGCCAGGUGGGGGGAGGAGGAGGUUUGCUAAGAAGAUGCAGCAGCAAGUUGCUGCAGCGGAAGCAGCAGCAGCAGCAGCAAGUAUAUCUUCCUGCUGCUGCGCUGCUGCAGCUGCUGCUGAGUGUUAGAGGCCGCAGCUACCGCGUCGUUGGUUGGAAUUGCCGCGACUUCUGUCGUCUCAUCUUAAAGGCGGCUUGUCGUUAUCCUGGUUGGCCUUCGCGUGUAAUACCUGUAGGGAGACCAACAGCAGACGCAGCAGAUAUGCUGCGCUUCUUAGAGUUGCUGCAGCGGGAAGACUUUACUGCUGUUGUUGCUGCUGCUGCUCCUGCUGAGGAGGAGGAGCAGCAGGAGGAAGAGCAGCAGCAGCAGCAACAGCAGCAGCAGGAGCUGCAGCGAAAUGCUGCACGGGCAGAACGCAGGGAUUCUUUUGUUUCUGCUGCUUCUUCUGUGGAUCAGCAGCAAGAGCGGCAGCAACGGGAACAGCAGCAGCAGCAGCAGCAGCAGCAGGAACACGAUGCAGCAAACAUUGCUGAUGCAGCAAGCAGCAAUAUAGACCGCAGCAGCAGCAGCCACAGCUGCAGCAAUAGCAGCAGCAACAGCAGCAGCAGCGCGGUUGCUAGGCCCAGGAGGAAGCAGAUAAACACUUUCUUAAGGGGCGUAGUUACACGACUUAUGCAUCCUCGCAGCCGCCGUAGUGCUGCUGCUGCAGCAGCAGCAGCAGCAGGUUCUGCUGCUGCAGAUGGAGUCAGCAGCAGCAGCAGCAGCAUUAGGGAGCGCCACCUGCAGCACUUGCAGUGUUUAGGGACAGCAGCAGAGAGCCGCAGCAGCACGGAGAGCAACAUAGAUGUAGCAGCAGCAGCAGAAGCAACAGCAGCAGCAGCAGCUACUGCAGCUACUGCAGCAGCAAGAACACUGCAUGAUAGAUCUCGAGAGGUUGCAGCAAGUGUUGCCUGGUGGAAGAGAAGCAGCAGCAGCAGCAGCAGCAGCAGCAGCGAUUUGCCCUUCCGUCUUGGUGUCAGCUCUGUUUAUCUUUGUCUAUUCAGAGCUGAAGACCUCAACCGUGCAGCGUUGCUUCCUGCUGCAGAGUUUGCUGCAGCAGCAGCUCGUUGCUUUGGUGGCCUUGUAGGGUCUACUGCAUCGUCUCUGCUGCCACGUCAGCGAACAGCACCAACAGAAGAAGAACAAGGAGGAGCAGCAGCAUCAACAGCAGCAACAACAGCAGCACCUCAUACGUCCUCAGACAUAAUACAGCUAAAAUACAACACUCUCCCUGUUCUUGUGCUGGAGCUGCAGCAGAUUGCUGCGGAUGCUGCUGCUAAAUUUGAAGAACAGCUGCAGCAGCAGGAGCAGGAGCAGCAGGAGCAGCAGCAGGAUGAGCAGCAACAGCAGCAGCGAAGAGGCAGCAACAGCAGCAACUUCCGUACUGUAGGAUAUCUUUCUGUUGAAUUCAGAAGUGACGUUGGCCUCUGUUGGCAUUUCUACAGGGAGAGACCACCAGGUAACUACAGCAGCAGCAGCAACAGCAGCAGCAGCAACAGCAGCAGCAACAGAAGCAGCAGGAGUGUGUAUAUAGUAUAA